AUGGCCGGCGCUGCCUCAAAAUCAGGAAGCAGCAUGCCUGGAAAGGAGGGUGAACAGAAGUCAUCAUACUCCGUCGAGAAAGACAUCCAGGACCAUGGCGAGAACCUCGUUGCUGGCGUCAUCGGAAAGACAGGAGAUGUAGUCGACGAGACAGGAAAGACCGUCGGCAAGGUGACCGAAGGUGAAGCUGGCGAGCUGGUCGGCAAUGUUGUAACAGCGACCGGCGAUAUCAUCGGAAAGGAUGGUGGUGUCAUCGGCAAGGCCCUGCCUUUGGGCGAGCUCACAGAGAGUGUUGCCGGAGGUGAAAGCAAAGAGGGCGGCGGUGGUUUCAGCAUCAUGGGCGCCACAAAGGGUGUUAAGGGUAUUGUCGACACCGUCGACGGAACAGUGCAGACCGUCAACAGGACACUACCUCUCGUCGGCGACCUGACGAAGGGUAUUGGUCUAGGCGAAGGCCAAGGCGGUAUACUUGGAGGUGUUGGCCUUGGUGGCGGACAGGAUGAGAAGUCCCAGUCCGGUCUCCUCGGCGGCACGCUUGGAAGCGUCCUUGGUGGCGGCAAGAGCGACCAGGGAGAGCAAUCUGGACUCCUUGGCGGUGUCUUGGGCGGUACCGAGCCCUUAGAGCGCGACGACAACGCAACAGACAAGGACGAGAAGCUCACUCAGCUUCUGUCGCAAAAGCCCGAAGACCCUGAGGAAAAGGCGUCUCUCACAGAGGACGCGAAGAAGAAUCUUUUUGAAGCCAAUGACAAGACUUCUGAAGUUGCCCCCGUGGAUCUCCAGGACAACGAUCAACAAGAACAGAACGGCAAGCUCACCACCGGCGAAAACACCCAGUCAGAAACUGAACCAUCUCAAGCUGACAAGACUGAACUCACAGCACCCUCCACUGAUGGCGAUAAGUCCCAACAAGAUCUCCAGGAACUGGAGCCGGAGCCGGAGGACGACGAGGGCACCGCAAGACCCGAGUCCUUCAAAGACGAUGCGACCGAGAAAGCCGACACCUUCAAGGAUGAUGCUACCGAGCAGACGGAGUCUUACAAAGAUGAUGCGACUGAGCAAGGCGAAUCUUUCAAGGACGACGCAACUGAGAAGGCUUCGACAGUCAAGGAUGACGCGACGGAGAAGGCUGCCACCACCAAGAGCGAUGUUCAGUCACGCGUGCCCGAUGAUAUCGCGACCCUCGACAUUCCAGUUUCUCAGAUCCCUGACAACCUCAAGAGCGAGAUUCCCGACGAUCUCCAGACGGCAGACAUCCCCGUGUCUCAAAUUCCCUUUGAUGCUCAGUCCAAGCUCCCUACCGACCUGGUGUCCCAGCUUCCGGAUGAUGUCAAGACCAACGCCGACGUCACCGACUUCGCUGAAGACGACAACAAGACCGAACAGCCCACUGAAGCUCAAACGGGUGACGUUCCUGACUCUCAAGCGCCCGAGUCGGUCAAGACCGGCGAGACUGAGGACAUUCCCAAGUCUGAGAUCAAGGAAGAUAUUGGAAGCGUCUUGAGCACUGUUCGUUCUGCCAUCCCAAGCGAUCAGCGAACUGUGACUGUUGCUGGUGACAAGCUUCUUCAGCCUUUCGAGAAGUUCCCUGGUGCCGAAGUCAAUGACGAGGGCAAGGUCAUUUUCGACAACGCUUCUAUCGGCAGAAUUGCUGAGGGUGACCCUAACGACUUGGCUGGUCACAUCAUCGAUGCCGAGGGUAACAUUGUAAACGAGCGCGGCAGCAUCAUUGGCAAGGCUGAGCUCAAGACCGAGGUUGCCGAGGAACUCCUCAAGGACACAAUCGACUAUUCUAUUCUCAAGGGUGCCAAGGUCAACAAGGCCGGUAACCUCGUCAAUGACAAGGGCGAGGCUAUUGGACGUGUUGUAUCUGGUAUCUUGAAGCACCUCGUUGGCCGAAAGGCAAACGAGAAGGGCGAAAUCUGGAACGACUCCGGCAAAGUCAUUGGAAAGGCCGAGCCUAUUCCUGAAACUGAGCGCGAGGAACUUGGCGAGCCUGCGCCCUUCGAAGAUUUCCCUGGCGCUACCGUCGAGUCUGACGGCAACGUCCUCUACAAUGGCGAGAUUGUUGGUCGUGUAAUUGAAGGUGACCCGAAGAAGCUCAAGGGCAAGAAGGUUGAUGACGAUGGUGAUAUUCUUGACCGCAGCGGCAACACCAUCGGCAAGGCUGAGCGCUGGGAGCCCGAGCCCGAGCCUGAGCCGGAACCCGAGCCAGAGGUCGUUAUUGACCGAUCUGUCCUUGCGGGCAAGCGUGUUAACAAGGCUGGUAAUGUUGUUGACACCAACGGUACCAUUUUCGGUCGCAUCGUUGAGGGAGACAUCAAGCGUCUUGUUGGCCGCAUGUGCGACAAGGAGGGUAAUGUCCGCAGCGAGUCUGGUGAUAUUAUUGGCAAGGCUGAACUCGUCCCUGAGGGAGAGCGCGAAGGAUUCAAGGAGGGUCCUUUCGCUGAGCUCCCCGGUUGCACCGUCAACAAGGAGGGACACGUUGUCACCCCAGGAGGUGAUAUUGUCGGUCGUCUUGUCGAGGGUAACCCUAAGGUUCUCUUCGGUCGUGAGGUCGACGAGGAUGGAGACAUCCUGGACCGUAACGGCAACCAGAUUGGUAAGGCCGAACGUUGGGAGCCUGAGCCUGAGCCGGAGCCCGAGAAGAAGGUUGGACCUAUGGCUGGUCGCAAGGUGAACCGCAAGGGUGAAGUUGUUGACGAGGAUGGCAACAUCAUCGGAAAACUCACUACUGGUGAACUCUCGAUUUGCGCGGGCAAGGAGAUUGACGACGAUGGUGAUGUCGUAGACUCCAAGGGCCGCACGGUCGGCCACUGCUCGCUUAUUGAGGAUAUUCCCGAACCCGAGCCUGAACCUGAGGAGCCUCAGGAGGAUCCUGCUGAGGUUAAGGCCCGCGAGGAGGCCGAGGCUGACAGAAAGUUGGCCAAGUCCCUCGGUAGCGUCAUUGAGCAGGGUCUGGACCGCAUGCGUCCCAUCUGCAAGAUGAUCACACAGAAGAUUGAGAAGGCUGAGCGUACUCCUAAGGAGGAGCUUGACGAGGAACAACUUGUCAAGGAUGUUAAGCCUCUCAUCGAGGAGGGUGGCAAGAUCCUGAGCGAGCUUAACGGCAGUGUCCGCGCUUUGGACCCUGACGGAAGAAUCCAGCGCAACGCCAAGCACAAGUCUGCCACUCGUGAUGCUUCCCCUGAGGAGCACCACCUCGCCGACGUUCUCAAGGAGUUGACUGGCACCAUCACCGAAACCGUGGAGGGUGCUAAGCGCAAGAUUGAGGACAUGCCUCAUGCUAAGGAGCAGCUCAACCCUCUCUGGGGUCUCCUUACCGAGCCUCUCUUCCAGAUUCUGGCUGCUGUUGGUCUGUUGUUGACCGGUGUGCUGAACAUUGUUGGCCGACUCGUAAGUUGUCCAUCUCCAUCCAGCAUCGAAUCAUUUCUAACAUGUUCCCUAGCUCAACGGUCUUGGUCUUGGUGGUCUUGUUGA